AUGGGAGGAAACGCUCUGAAAGGGUUUGUCACCGAUCAGUGCGCAUCAAUGAAAAGGGCUUUAGAGGCCUGUAUGCCAACAACAGUUCACCGCUGGUGUAUUUGGCACAUCAUGAAGAAGAUUCCAAGCAAAUUAAAUGGGUACAAGGGACAUGCUGAUAUCGAACAAGAAAUGAGCCAUGUUGUUUCGAACUCUCAUAGCAAAGACUCAUUCGAUAGGAAUUGGAACGAUUUUCUGCUAAAUUUUGGUCUUGCGGACAACAAGUGGCUUUCAGGGAGCAAGCAGAGAGAGAAUCAGACGCUGCAGAUUUUCAUACGGUCAUACCGUAUGCAACCAAAUCCUCUAUUGAAACUCAGUUUCAAGAUGCGUACACUCAUGCAAAGUUUAAGAAAGUCCAAGCACAAUUCAGAGGAAAGGCGAAUUGCAUCACCAGAUUAA